AUGCCCAAUUCCUCCAUCUUGGAGGCCCAAAGCUCAGUACAUACUCUAUAUUUUGGGUUAAAGCUUGAAGAUGAUUGCACCAUAAAUCUGUAAUUGUCUUUUUGAUCCAACUCCAAUCUUAGCAGCCUAGUUGAUUCCUCGUUACCGUCGCGAGAACUUUUCUAGCAAACACGCGAACAGAAUAGUUGUAGAACACAUCAAUUCGAGUUCUCUGUUCUACCCCUCGACCAUAGAAAUCCGAUAAUCCACUAUGAAAUGCCUCAAAUUUCUAUCGAUUCCAGUCUGUUCUGUGUUUCUGUUAAUGGGUUUUAUUUAUUAUUUUACACUCUUCAUUUUCAUUGAGGAUUGGGUUGGUUUGCAGAGCUCGGCUGGGACUCUAAAUGCUUUGAUCUUCACUUUGAUAGCUUCUUUAUGCCUUUUCUCUUUUUCUGCUUGUGUUCUCACUGACCCUGGUCAUGUUCCUUACUCUUAUGUCCCUGACGUUGAAGGGAAUGAUGCCUCAGAUCAAGAAUCCCUAAAUAAUAGUUCACAGCUGAGGCAAUGUGACAAAUGUUGCGCACACAAACCUCCCAGGGCUCAUCAUUGCCGGAUCUGCAGAAGGUGUGUUUUGAGGAUGGAUCAUCAUUGUCUGUGGAUAAAUAAUUGUGUUGGUUAUUGGAACUAUAAGGCCUUUUUCAUAUUAGUUCUCCAUGCAACAGUAGCAAGCGUCUAUUCUAUGGUCAUUAUAAUCUGCUGUGCAUUUCAGAAGAACUGGGAUUUUGGUGGAAGAAUUCCCCUAAAGAUCUUUUAUGCUGUCUCUGGAGCAUUGAUGGUAGCCUUGAGUGGAACACUUGGAACUCUCUUGGGUUGGCACAUCUACCUUAUCACUCAUAAUAUGACAACUAUAGAGUAUUAUGAAGGAAUUCGUGCUUCAUGGUUGGCUAGGAAAUCUGGGCAGAUUUAUCGACAUCCUUUUGACCUUAGUGCUUACAAAAAUAUCACCAUGGUAUUGGGUCCAAACAUGCUGAAAUGGCUAUGUCCCACAGCAACAAGCCAUCUAAAAGAUGGAAUGAACUAUCCUACUUCGCAUGAUAGUUGAUGCACAUUUUUCUUUCUGCUCAGCUCUCAGAUUUAGUGACAUUUUAUGCAACUUAUUCAGCACACAAGGAAUUAAGAUUCCAGAAUUGGUUUAUUCUAUUGUUCAAGUUUCUCGAGUUAAGAAGCGAAGAAGAGCGUAUACUGACUGGCAGUAACUACAUUGCUAUCUGAAUAGGCUUGGGCAAGUAUUAAGCCUAAAUAAAAUCAGUUGUAAGUUUUUCAAGGACACUGUAACUAUAGGAUCUGUUUAGUUGGAGAUAUACAAGUUUUCUUUUAUACCUUGGUGGAAUGUAACGUAAUGGAUGUAAAAAUUGUAUAUUAAAGCUUUUCUUGUGGAAGGCCUGGUAUAUACAAGUUUUGGGUUUUAUUGUGAGCAAAAUUUUCAGGCCAGCAUAUGGAGCCAAGAUUCUGUGUCUAUGCUUUAUCAGUGCUUUCAGUGUGUUACUUUCACUUUGGUUAUUGAUAAAACCCUUGUGAAGUAUAUAUAUUUAGACGAACUAUGGAUUGUGGAUUGAAAUUAUUAAUCACAGUUGUUGAAAUUAUUCUAUUUGAUUCAA